AUCGUGGUGUGUUUGCAAGAAGAAGCAUCAACACCACACGCGUUGCAGUAAAGUUCCAGUUUUCGAAGUUUUCCAACUUCACACCAAAAUGAGUAGUGAAGAAGAGCUGCAAAGAAAUGUUGAAGGACUCAUUAAGAGUAUAACUAUAACAAUGGAUCCGCAAGUUUCUCAUGAACAGCGCACAGAAGCAUACCAUAUGUACGAGGAAUUUAAAGAGAAAUCAGAAUUGUGUGUCCAGUGUGGUAUGGUGCUUGCCAAGACAACCUAUCCACCAAUCAUCAGACAUUUUGGCCUCCAACUUCUGGAGCAUUGUGUCAAGUUCCGUUGGCUAGCUAUGAAUCCCAACCAGAAGAUGAUUUUCAAAGAUGCCACUGUGUCUCUCAUUCGAACUGGUGUGCAGGAUAUUUUAGAAGAGGAGACGUUUAUUAAAGAUGGCCUUUCAAGGAUCAUGGUUGAAAUGAUAAAGAAAGAGUGGCCACAGCGCUGGGAGAGUAUGUUACAAGAGCUUGGUCCUCUCUCAAGGUGUGGAUCAACUCAGUGUGAAAUGGUGUUGCUGGUUUUGUUGCGUCUGGUAGAGGACGUUGUAUCGUUUCAAAACUUCGACCAAAAAAGGCGUAAAGACAUCAUGGCUGGGUUACAGCACAACAUGACGGACUUGCUUGAGUUUAUGUUUGGAAUGCUGCAGGACAACUGUAACAUGUACAAGCAAGCUAUGGAAACCAACGGUCGUAACAGCCAUGAGGUAAAAAUUGCAAGUAAGCUGACAAAUGCUGCUCUAGAAACAAUCGCAGGUUUUGUGGAAUGGAUCGCACUUCCGUUGGUGUUCCUGAACGAUUGUGCAUUGCCACAGACACUUUACCAGCUUCUGCAGGAACCGGAAUUGAGGAACAAUGCUGCUGAAAUUCUCAGUAUUAUUGUCAAUAGGAAGGAUCGAUUGAAAGACCGACAGCCUUUGAAUGUUAUGUUCAGCAAGAAUGCCAUGGUGGCUAUCUUAAGCUCAGCCGAGAUUGCAAGCCAAGAGGCAGUGAAUGAGCAGAACUACAUAUUUUUGAAGAAAAUUUGCCGCUGUGUGACUGGAAUGGGCUUUCAGAUGUGUGCACUAUGGGGCGCGAGUGACAGCGAUGGGAAGUCCAAGAAGCCUGAGAACUUCAAGGAAUAUCUGAGCGCUCUGAUGGCAUUCACUGGUCAUGCCAGUGUUCAUCUGAGCCAGAUGACCCUAGCCACCUGGUCUCUGUUCUUUCGCACUCCUAUCAUCGCGCAGGAUCCAUGCGUGCAUGAGGUCCUGCCCAGAUUCCUCAAGAUCGUGACUGUUCAGGCUCAGAAGGUCGCAGAACCGUCUAUGAUGCCAUCCCCCAAGGCCGAGUAUUUCCGUUUGGAUUUUGAUUCUGAAGAUGAGUUCAUGACGUUUUUUGCAACUUACCGUUCGUUGCUAUUGGAGGAGGUAAGGCACUGCAAUAACAUAUGCCCUCUAUUGACGUUUCAAGUAGCCGAGCAGUGGCUUAAGGAAACUCUGGUGGAACCUCUUAAAUACGAACCUGGCAAGACUGUGAUAACAAAUAGUAGUCCAUCUUUCUUGCAAUGGGAUGCGUUGACAUGCUUCAUGGAAAGCGCCAUGCCUCGUGUGUUGAAAGGUGUUGAUGCACCAGUCGCACAGGGUGAAGAGUUAUUGAAACAGGUCCUAGCCUAUCAGACAGCAGAUGCUCUGAUAUCAUCUUGUGUCUUGAGCUGUGUUUCAACCCUGUUUCCCCUCAUACGCCAUGUCCCACAAUACCUUUCCCCGAUUCUCGACAAGUUAUUUUCAGGAGUAACUUUUACAGUACCUGGACAGUCGAAGAAUACAAGAACUCGUUCAGUUCAGAAUGUGAGGAGACACGCUUGUUCCGCUUUGAUUAAAAUGUGCCGUGACAGUCCAGAGCUUGUCAUGCCUGAAUUUGAGAAGAUAUACGCUGCUAUGAAAGAGCUUAGCGCUGAUCCCCAUCAGCUCACCCAGCUAGAGAAAGUGGCUCUAUAUGAGGCUCUGAUACUUCUUAGCAACCAAUUCAAAGAUUACAACAGGCAGACAGAGUUCCUGGCAGGAAUCUUAAAGCCGAUUUGUGACGUAUGGCUGUCCGAUGAGCUCACAUUGGGAAUUUCAACUCCUGAAAACUUCAUAUCGUUUGUAGGCCUUGAGAAGUACGAUGAAGAAGAUCCAAACGGGAUCAACAGGGCACAUAUCAUUGGUUCUGUACAAACUAUAGUUGCAGUAACUAAGCGAUGUACUUGGCCUGAAAACUUUGAGGAAGCUAAAGCUGGUGGCUUUAUUCAGAGUAUGACUAACAAUGGAAUGCCCAUAUAUAGAAAUCCAUGUACGCCCUUGAUUGCCAAACUGCUGAACAAUGUUUUGAUAUUAACAAAGACACUUAAUGCACUGUGGUCACAAGAGAUACAGGACAAAGUAUACCCUGGGUUUAAACAGGCUUAUGAGAUGAUGGAGUGUGACAGACAGGCUCUACUUGGCUCCUUUUCCAUGGUAGGAUCUUGUGAUGCACCAAUAUUAAGAACUCUGCCAGAUAAGCUACAAAGCUUCCUGACUAUGCUUCAUGACCUCUGCUACCACACACUAGCUGGGGCUAGUCAUUGUCUGGGUUAUGAAUUCUAUGCGUCACCAGGCCUUGCUGAGCAACUCUUGUCAACAACCUUCACUAACCUCGACAUGUUGCCAGACCACAAACUCAGACCACUUAUUCGUGUCUUCAUGAAAGCAUUUGUUGCUAACUGUCCACCAGAGUUUUAUUCCACGGUGAUAGUGCCAGUUUUGACCGGCGUUGCUGCCUACAUGCUUAAGAGGCUUAGCCAAUGUUGGGAGCUGUUGCAUCAGAAAAACUCUGUCAAAUCUGAUGAUGAUGAACCAGAAAAGGAGGUUUUGGAAGAUCAGAUAGUCAAGCAUAUAACUAAAGAUUAUUUGGAGUUUUUGCGGGGUGUGUUUCGCCAGAAGAAAACUUCAAGUGAAGGAAACGAUGAUAUGGAAACAGAGACACAUCAUCAACCAUCAAACAAAGAUUCCGAGGCAGAGCACCUGAGUGACCUUGGAAAAGUCAUAUUUAAGACAGAGGGUUUAAUUCAAAACAUUACACUGUUAGUGUACUCAGCUUUAUCAUUUGAGGAUUCAAAUGUGUACUUCAAGGCAUCAGGUCUCACAAUGCUGCUUCUACAAGAGCUUCCUAAUUCUAACAUGUUGCCUGAAGCUGUGAACCACUUGUUUAUUGCCACGCUUCGUGCCUUGCAAGUACACGGUCAUCACGAGUCCUGCAUCUCGGCCAUCAUCAACAAUGCUAUCUACCAUUAUGAUCUCUUUAGGCCAAAAUAUCCCAAGAUGGUGGAAGUGCUUCUUCAAGUUCCAGGUGUCAACCGUCAGGCUGUCGAGGCCUAUGACAACAAGGUACUGACUAUCUGGGCCCUUGGGAAGAACCUACCUGAGAAGAAGAAAAAAGAUCACUUCAAAAAAAUUGUACAUGGUCUAAUUAAGGAAGUUGUUAGUGAAAAGUUCAAGAAAGAGGUCACGUUUGGUAAGCUGCCACCAAUCUACCGACCCCAGAAAGCAAAAGCUCCCAGGGUUGACGAAACUAGCGAGGAGUAUGGACUGAUCCAACUUUUCAAAGAUUGAGCAGUUACAUGUGAAUAGCUAACUUAAAUUAAGUAGCAUCCUGAUUAAUUAAUUCAAAUCGACAUCUGGAUGUGAUAGGCCAACGCUUAACUGACAUAUUGUGUAAUCAUUAUUUUUACUUUACCCCUUUGUUUUGUAUCCACAUUAGGAAGUUAGUUGACUGCAUUAAGAGGGGAUCAACAGCUGUCCUUUUUGUUUUUUUUUGGUUGCCUCGCAAUUAAAUAAUUCAUCCUCCUACAACUAGAAAUUACUUAUUAAAUUUAUUAUCCUUAUUGGUCGUACUGAAUGCACAGUACUAUUUUCGCAGAUGUAAACGAUUGUAAUAAUUUUAUGCGUUUUUAAAAAAUGCAUGGAUUUUUUAUCUUUUUGUUUGUUUUUAAGUGCACUGAAAUGGUUUAAAAACCAGAAAAUGUAAACAAGGUGUUGCUAAUUAUAUGGAAAUUAUAGUUUUUCAAUUAUACUAUUGUGGAAAAUAGCAUUGAAUUAUAGUGACCUUUUUUUUUUAUUCUUGCUUUGCUUUUUCAUUUGUUGCAAUUGUGUAAUGUUUAAUUAAAUUUAUUAUCCAAUGUGUUACUUCUAAAAAUGAUGUUAUUGUUUUUCGUACAUCGAAAAAUAAACCAGUUUGUUUUCAAAUAAUUAUUACAUAAAAUUAUUAUACUGUACAGUGUUUUAUCUUCGAUCAGUGAAAGUGAUUCACCAGUUGAAUACAAUGGGGUUUUUUUUAUACAUUGAGAAAAAACCAGUUUGUUUAAUACAGAUCGCCCUCCAAAUAAUGACCGUUUUUGGUACCUGGUGUUUCCAUGUAAAGCAAAAGUGGACAACAAGCAGAUAUCAGACAAUUUAAUAGAUUGCAUCAUUGAGAUAUGCUGUCUGAUUGCACAAACUAUGAAGAACCUGGAAGUUCCCAAAAAGUGACUUGUGCACAUCAGAGGUUCAGAGACUGACAAGUGAACUCAAGACUAUCUAUGAAAGUGUUUUCAAAUAAUUAUUGCGUAAAAUUAUUAUACAGUGGAAGUGAUUCACCCAUUGACGUCACUGAUGUUGAAUACGAUGUGUUUUUAUAUGUUGGAAAAACACCAGUUUGUUUAAUACAGUUCUGCCUCCAAUUAAAGACAACUUUUGGGACCCGGGAUUUCCAUGGUCUUCAGUAGAUUUCUAAUUAGAAUAAUAAAGAUACAUUUGUGACCACAGAAAAGUGCUCUUUAGUAUAAUGAUUGUGUAAAAUCAUUAUACACUGCUGAUCAUAGAUGUUCGAUUUAGGUGUGUAUGACAUAACUGAUUAUUAAUAAGAUGGCACCUUUGAUGAUUUCAUUUGAUGAACCCUUAUAUUUCUUGUUCACCUGGUGAUUAAAAUAUACAUUGUAAUGUUUA